CUUAUUGUAACUUGUCCAAGAGAAUUUAUCUCAGUAUUUAAAAACUAAUACUGAAUGAGGAAUCCUGUCAUCAUACGUUUGAAGACCACGAAUGACAAUUAUCACAUGAGAAGCUCUUUUUGCCACGGGGGAGCUGCGCGGCAUGAGUCGAGCGCAGCCUCAGACCGGCCCGUCCUGCCCGCUCGCUCGCCCUCUGCCGACGAGGCCAUUUCCUGCGUUCGGUGCCCAAGCACCAGCCCUGGGAUUCUCCGGGGCAGGGGGCUGCCGCGAAGGCGUGCGGCCGGGAGCGGGCUCCCCCUGCAGCAGCCCGAGUGUCUCCGCCGGCCGGUCCGAGCUCGCCGUGCCGGCGCCUCGGGGCCGGGCGCCCCGCUGGCGCGGUCCCGCCCGCUGACAGGCGGCGGCGGGGCGCGUUCCCGCAGGCCUCGGGGCGGGCCCUGCGGGCAACCGCACCGCCCAGCCCGUUGCCGGGCAACCGUCACCACCUUCCCAAGAUGCCCCGGUGACCGUCCCCGCUGGGCUCCCGUCCGGGAGUGCCUGUCGCCAUCUUGUGCCUCGGCGGGGCGGGGCCCGGCAGGCCGCCAUGGAGAUGAUACAGGAAAUCGACUGAGGUUCCAGCUGGAGUUGGAAUUUGUUCAAUGUCUGGCAAACCCCAAUUAUCUCAACUUUCUUGCACAAAGGGGCUACUUCAAAGACAAAGCUUUUGUAAAUUAUCUUAAAUAUUUACUAUACUGGAAAGAACCCGAAUAUGCAAAAUACCUGAAGUAUCCUCAGUGUUUGCAUAUGUUAGAGCUGCUCCAAUAUGAACACUUUCGCAAAGAACUGGUAAAUGCUCAGUGUGCUAAGUUUAUUGAUGAGCAACAGAUUCUUCACUGGCAACACUAUUCACGGAAGAGAAUGCGCCUCCAGCAGGCACUUGCAGAGCAGCAGCAACAAAACAAUACCUCUGUAAAAUGAAAAAUGCUUGGAAGAGUGAUGAUAAGGUGUACUUCAAGUAUUUACAAAAGAGGAAUGAACUGUUUUGUAGGUUUGGCUGUGUGUGUGUAUUUGUCAAAUGAGGUUUUUUCUUUCACCUACUGUACCGACUUUUUAAAGAUAAAGACUGACACAUCUACUUCUGCAAUUUAUUUUGAAGCAUGGAAAAUCUUGAAAAUUACUUUAGGUAUUUGUUCCUAUGGAUUUUGUAAACAAAACAUAGUUUUUGAGGGCACUAUCAUGUACGUAUCAUAACAAAAAGUGUAGUUCAGCAGUCUCUCCUUAGUAGGCAUGUUCCCUGGAGAACAAUGUGUCUUGAAGUUUGGCUAAGAGCUGCCUCAUGUACCCCUUUCUACAACCGCAGGAAGAGCAAACUUGAAGUAAUUGUGAUUGCUGCACAAAAUUUAAUUUGUGGAUUUUUGCCUUGAAACAGAGAUGAGUUACUAUUUGUUAUUUCUGUUUACCUGGUAAUCAUUGUUUCUGGGGUUCUUAGAGGGCUUUCCUGGCAGUGUUUUUUAGAGACCAAAAUUGAAGUGUGAAGAAACAAGAGCUGCAAGAUUAGAGCAGAGAUAAGUAAUAAACUUUGUGAAUACCCAAAAA